UCACGAGGCCCAUUUGCCCCUCAGCUGCGGCUCUUCUUGUCCUUCCUGUCCCACCUGCCUCAGGAUCCCACCUCCCAGCUCUGCUGCUCACCCCCAGUGCAACCCAGCCAGCAGGGAAGGGGUUAAGGUGGCUGGAGCACUCUCCCCCCCUCCUGGAGGAUAACGGGGCCCCUGCCUUUCCCCGGGAGUAGGUUUCCUGACGUCAAGCCCAUGAAUAUUGCACGAAGCUUCAGGAUUGUAAGUGCAGCGAAUCCUCCUCGGGCAUAGGCAGCCGGGGCUCCGUGCCGGGGGUGGAAGCCAUUGCAGCAGCGUUGGGGAAGGAAGGGAAUCUCUCGCCGAGAAGAGGCUUUGGGCUGCUGCUGCUGCAAAGGGGGGAGGAUUCACGCUGGGCUCUCCAGAGGUGCCUCUAGGGCAUGUGACAGCAGCUCAAGGCACCGGAGCGGGAGGCGAGCAAGCCCGCUUCGAAGCGCAGCCCUCGAAGGAGAGCCCAGCUCACCCCCUCCGCCAGCAUGUCUGCAAAGGAGCGGCAGAAAGGCAAAGUGACCAAGGACAGCGUCACCCUCUUGCCCUGCUUUUAUUUUGUGGAGUUGCCCAUACUGGCAUCUUCUGUUGUUAGUCUCUAUUUUCUUGAACUUACUGAUGUCUUCAAGCCAGUUCACUCUGGAUUCAGCUGCUAUGACAGGAGUCUCAGUAUGCCAUACAUUGAACCUACACAAGAGGCUGUUCCUUUUCUGAUGUUGCUUAGUUUGACUUUUGCUGGACCUGCAAUCACGAUAAUGGUAGGAGAAGGAAUUCUCUACUGUUGCCUGUCUAAAAGAAGAAAUGGGAUUGGAGCCGAGGCCAAUAUUAAUGCAGGAGGCUGCAACUUCAACUCUUUCCUUAGAAGAGCUGUCAGAUUUGUUGGAGUUCAUGUCUUUGGCCUUUGUUCUACUGCUCUCAUUACUGACAUCAUACAAUUGUCAACAGGAUAUCAGACACCAUAUUUCCUGACUGUAUGCAAACCAAAUUACACAUCCCUAAAUGUAUCCUGCUCAGAAAAUUCUUACAUUGUGGAAGACAUUUGUUCAGGAUCUGAUCCCAUAAUAAUCAAUGGUGGAAGAAAGUCAUUCCCUUCUCAACAUGCUACUCUGGCAGCCUUUGCAGCUGUAUACAUUUCGAUGUACUUCAAUUCCACUUUAACUGACUCCUCCAAACUUCUGAAACCUCUUCUCGUCUUUGCAUUUAUCAUCUGUGGCAUUAUAUGUGGCCUGACUCGUAUCACACAGUAUAAGAACCAUCCAGUAGAUGUCUAUUGUGGAUUCUUAAUAGGAGGAGGAAUUGCUCUCUAUUUGGGUCUGUAUGCUGUGGGUAACUUCUUACCAAGUGAGGAGAGUGUGUUACACCAGAAUCUGCAAAGAGAACCACUACGAUCUUUUACAGACCUUAGUCAAGAUGCCAACAGAAUUUUACCGGGCAAAAAUGGUGGCAGCAAUGAUGGACUUUCCUCUCACCAUUCUGAGAGUAUUCUGAAUAGAAACCACAGAGAUUCUGGAUCCCUGACUAACAUCAAGAGAGCAAAUGCUGAUGUAGAGAUUAUAACCCCACGAAGCCCCAUGGGAAAGGAAAAUAUGGUUACUUUCAGCAACACUUUGCCGAGAGUCAACACGCCAUCAAUGGAAGAUCCAGCCAGACGAAAUGCAACAAUCCAUGCAUCAAUGGAUUCUGCCCGUUCCAAGCAACUUCUUUCUCAAUGGAAGAACAAAAAUGAAAGUCGAAAAUUGUCUUUGCAAGUAAUAGAAACUGAAUCUGGCCAUUCACCACCAAGGUCUAUUGAAAUGAGAUCAAGUUCUGAGCCAUCCAGAGUAGGUGUUAAUGGUGAUCAUCAUGGCCCCAGCAGUCAGUACCUAAAAAUUCAGCCUGGCAGCGUUCCGGGUUGUAAUAGUGCUGGUCUUUCUGGUGGGCUAAGAGUCUCUAUUCAGUCACGUCCUGGUUCUUCACAGCUAGUCCAUAUUCCUGAAGAGACCCAGGAAAAUAUAAACACAUCUCCCAAAAGUAGCUCAGCCAGGGCCAAAUGGCUGAAAGCUGCUGAGAAAAGCGUUGCAUGUAGAAGCAACAGCCAGCCAAGAAUCAUGCAAGUAAUAGCCAUGUCAAAGCAGCAAGGAGUGCUUCAGAGCAGUCCUAAGAAUUCAGAGGGCAGCACGGUCACCUGUACUGGAGCCAUCCGAUAUAAAACUUUGACAGAUCAUGAACCCAGUGGUAUUGUACGAGUUGAGGCCCAUCCAGAAAAUAACAGGCCCAUAAUUCAGAUGCCAUCAGAAGGUGAAGGGAGUGGCUCUUGGAAAUGGAAAGCUCCUGAGAAAGGUAGCCUUCGUCAGACUUAUGAACUAAAUGAUCUCAACAGAGACUCUGAGAGCUGUGAAUCCUUGAAAGACAGUUAUGGGUCUGGUGACAGGAAAAGAAGUAACAUAGACAACAGUGAGCAUCACCAUCAUGGGAUUACUACUAUAAGAGUCACACCGGUGGAGGGAAGUGAGAUUGGCUCAGAAACUCUGUCCAUUUCUUCAAGCCGUGACUCUACACUUCGAAGAAAAGGUAACAUUAUUUUAAUCCCUGAAAGAGGAAGCAGCCCCGAGAACACCAGAAACAUCUUCUAUAAAGGAACAUCCCCCACAAGAGCUUACAAAGAAUGAAAGGAGGCGUGUCAAGCUGAUCCAAGAAUUAACACAUUUUGAUAAAGCUUGUGCUCGAUUCCUUUUUGAGCUAAUUUAGAAAUAUUCUUGGUGUGCCAAAUUACUGACCCUCGACCUGACUAUCAUUGGACAUUACUGAUGUUUGGUGUGCAUGAACUUGUGGAUUUCAUGUGGUUGGGGGGAAAAGCACAAUGCAAGAACCUAACGUGAAGAGUUUUCUUACAGUUUGUUUCAUCAGACCACAAUCAUUCUCUGAGGGUCAUGAUAUCAGUCAAAUGAUGCUCUUGAACACAGACACUUUAUUUCCUGAAUGUGCCAACUUUUUGAUUUCAUUUAUAUUUAUGUCUGAGGACAAAUGAAUUUUUCACAGCAAAGGCUGUAUCAGUGUUGUUCUAUAUUCACCUUUGCAGAUUUUGCACCAAAACUUUAUUACAGAAUGGUGCUGAUUAUAACUUUACAUAUUUUGAAAAUUUACAUACUUAUUAAACUCUACCAACACAUGACAUAUUGACGUGAAAUUACUUUAAAAGUAAUACUAUUAAUACUAUGACGAUGCUGGCUGCAUUCAUGUAGAGUAGGAAAUACUUACAGCUUUGUUAUAGUGGAUUUGUCACAUUAAAAGAUUGCAAAGAUUUUGUGUAGUUCUUUGAAAUAAUGUUUACUGCAACAAAAAUAUGUGGGUGACGUUCCAUUAGAGUGGAAUAACUAUUUAAUUUGAAUAGUUUUGCUACCGCUGCUGCUCAAAUUUUAUUUAAGUACAGGUGCUACUAAUGAAGAGGCUUUUUCAUAGUAGGCUGUUUUAAAUAUUGUUUUUAAGGGGAUCUUUUAAAGUACAUAAAAAUACAGAUUUUGCAUUUUUACCUCCUCUCAUUUUGUCUCUCUGUAGACUUUAUAUUUUUCUGUUAAUUUCCAACUAGAUAAUGUUUGACACUGAUAACUGCAAAUGAAUUUGCUCUGAAAGAAGGUUUGCCAUGAAAACUGAAAUUGUUACUGAUCAGUCACUAGCUAUUGAUUAACAAGCAUUCUAGCUCACUCUUGGAUGUACUCACCUCACCUGCUUAGCUUAGCACAAAAUGUCCAUAAGCUUCACCCUCAUCAUAGUGCACCUUUAUUUAUAAGCUUUGCUUUAAAUUUGGAAUGUCUUUGUAUGCAGAAUCAAUACAUGAGUAUUACGUUGGUUUUUGGGUGCCGUUAGGGUCCCUGAAACAGACUCAGUAAGAGUCUCCUUAAACAUGAUUUUUUUCAGCUAGAAAUCACAAGGACUGUGUCCUGGGGUUGGAGAGUCUAUAGAACUUCUAAUGACAUAAUCCUUUCUGAAAUGCUUUUGUAAUAUGAGAAAAUAAUUUGCCUUCUUGGAAUCUGUGUGCCCAAGAAUUACUAAACUGGACUCUAAAGAAAACUAACAUGGCUUUGUCCUGCGCAUGCAGGAAGACAAACAAGAUAUAAAGGAUUUGGUGAGGCUGCGAUUUUAUUAACUUAUCUGGGAACUUGUUUCCACCUAGUGGAUCAGUCCCUCAACAUUCACCAGAUGGUCCCUAGCCAGUUGCUGGGACCCCAGUGUUCUCCCCACAGAGGAAGGCUAA